AUAUUGCGAUAAAAUAACAACAUCUCAGUUCGCACCUUAUUUCUUUUUUUCUCCCCCCCGUUCAUGUUAAUUACUUAGGAUGUAACUAGUGUACAUAAAUGUGUAAGGUGUAUAUUUUAAAAUGACGUCAAUAUGGAGGAAAGUCAAGGAUCUGCAGGGAAUUGCUAUCCAUAAUUUUGAUGAAGAUGGACCGUACCGGUUGCGGCUGACGGUUGGCGAAGUAGUUCAAAUGUUACAAGAGUGUGACGAAUGGUUUUACGGCUGUAGUAAAUACAAAGGAAAUAGCGGAAUCUUUCCAAAGUCCUAUGUGCACACAUCAAAAAUAUCUAGCAGCACGGAGGCACUCACGCACGAAAUUACCAGCGUACUUCGCGAAUGGGGACAUCACUGGAAGCAUCUAUACGUCACACACUCGCCGCACUUUCGUACAAUACAAGAGCAGAUUCUUGAAUUGAUUGGAUAUAGAAGUAAAAUCCUGAGCGCCACUUUAACUGUAGACGAGUUAAAAGACAUGAAGAGGUUGGCAACUGCAAAAAUAGACACAGGAAAUCAGCUGCUGGGCUUGGAUAUGGUCGUUCGUGACGAACAUGGAAAUGUUUUAAAUCCGGAACAGACCAGCACUAUCCAACUUUAUUACCACCAUGAAACGGCCACUGAAAGAAUUAGAAAGGCGACAAUAAGUCUGAAAAAGAAACCAGUGAAGUCUCAGUUGCCUGUGUACUCGCACAUAUUUUUUGUAAGCGUUAGAAAUUUUGUCUGCAAAAUGGCAGAGGAUGUAGAACUACUUUUGACGCUUUACGACGGCAAGGACAUGAAGGCGAUAACAGAAAAUUACGUGGUUUGUUGGAGUCGUGAAGGAUUGGCACGAGAUAUCGAUCAAUUGCACAAUCUAAGAGUGCUUUUCACCGAUCUAGGAUCUCGUGAUUUGUCAAGAGAAAAGGUUUACCUGGUUUGCUAUGCUGUUCGCGUUGGAAGUAUGUAUGCCAAGGAAAUAGAUCAUCGAAGAUCCAGCAUAUUACAGCAAAAUCAAAAGCAAAGGAGCUCUGAAAACAUGAGACGGCCUUUCGGCGUUGCCGCAAUGGAUGUUACUUUAUUCAUUGCUGGAAAGCUAGAAGGCGAUGUGGAAACGCAUCACUUCAUCCCCUUCUUGCAAUGCUGUGAGAAAGAGAGUCUAGAUGGUACAUUACGAAAAAUCCUUGGGCAGAAAGAUACGAACAGUCAGAAGGGCAACGGCAACAGCUCAAAUGCUGUAGGCGGUCAGGGCCUUUGGGUUAGCAUAAAACUUUUGAGAGGUGACACUAAGCAGGUGCGUGAAGAAAAUCCACACUUGGUACUUGGAAACGUGGCAAUUGCUCGUAAAAUGGGAUUUCCAGAAGUUAUUUUGCCGGGUGACGUCAGGAAUGAUUUAUAUCUUACUUUGAAUUCAGGCGAAUUCAGUAAAGGAUCCAAAUCUACUGACAAAAAUGUGGAAGUAACGAUAAAAGUCUGUAACGAACGAGGUGUAGCCAUACCUGGUGUGAUGACUUUGGGAGGAGGAGCCCCACCCAUUGACGAGUAUCGUAGCGUAAUCUACUAUCACGAAGACAAGCCAAAGUGGUUUGAAACGUUUAAAAUCGCUGUACCCAUAGAUGAAUUCAGACACGCUCACUUGAAGUUUACCUUCAAACAUCGUAGUUCGAACGAAGCAAAAGACAGGUCAGAAAAGCCGUUUGCUCUGAGUUAUGUAAAACUGAUGCAGCGCAACGGCACUACUCUGCAAGACAUUAAGCAUGAGCUACUAGUCUAUAAAUUGGACCAUAAAAAGUAUGAAGAAACGGAUGCGACUUAUCUGAAAUUACCAUCGACGCAGGGAGAAUUGGAAGAAUUGAAUGCCGAAAAGAAGCUGACGCAAGGGCCGUUCACCCUUAGUUCAAAGGAUAACUUCUCAAUCUCAACCAAUGUUUGUUCCACUAAACUAACGCAAAAUGUCGAUCUACUUGGUUUACUAAAGUGGGCAUCGCGGCAGACAGACUUGAAGGAGUCUCUUACCGCUUUGAUGAAAGUUGAUGGUGAAGAAGUUGUAAAGUUCUUACAGGAUGUUUUAGAUGCGCUGUUUAAUAUUUUAAUGAGGAAUUCGGACAGUGAUGAGUACGACGACAUGGUUUUUGGAUGCCUGUUGUACAUCAUUGGGCUGGUUUCGGACAGAAAGUACCAGCACUUUCAACCAGUCCUUGACUUGUAUAUCUCUGAAAAUUUCUCAGCAACUUUAGCUUACAAAAAGUUAAUCACAGUAUUGCGCAAGCGCAUAGAUAGUGCGACUAAUAAUGACGGUCAAGAACGAGAUUUAUUGCUUAAAACUAUGAAAAGCUUGCAAUACUGUUUAAGAUUUGUUGUUAAAUCACGACUUUUAUUUGCUGAGUUGAAUCAAGACGAAGAAGAAUUUUCUCAGUCAUUGACGGAACUAUUAAAAUCAAUAAUCGAUUUGAUGAGUCACGAAACUGAUGGAACACUCUUGGUCCAGGGUGCUUGUCUAAAGUAUUUACCAACCACGAUACCACACAUUCUCCAAGUUUACAAUAAAAAGCAGCUCAGCAAUAUAUUGACUGAUCUAUUAGUCACCCUGCCACCCGGUAGACUGACGAAACAAAAAAUGAUGACGGUGAACGACAUAGUUCACAGUCCGCUAUUCUUGAGUCCCGAAUGCAGAGCGAUACUCCUGCCCACUAUUACAAUAUUGGUCAGAAGUCUCUUAGAAGCGAAAGAAGAGGGACUGUCAGGCACGCCUGGAAAGAGCGUGGCGAAGGUAGCCAGGCUGCUCGGCGAGAACAGACAUCGACUCAACCAGCACCGUGGCUACUCGGAAGAGGUGGAAUUGUGCGUUAAGAUCUUAUCUGACAUUCUCGAGUUGACAUUUAGAAGCGACGUAGGCUCGACAGUCUCCGAUGUGAAAGAAAUAAUGUUGACGGCGUUGAGAACUGUCAUUCAAACGGUCAUUUCAAUGGACAGAGAAAAUCCUCUCGUGGGAAAUUUGGUAUCCGUGAUGCUGGCCAUUUUCAGACAAAUGACCGAACAUCACUACGACAUUUACAUCAAUCAAUUUGGGACUCCGAUCGAUCUUCUGGAUUUUCUCAUGGAGAUUUUACUGGUGUUCAAAGAUCUUGUAUCGAAAAGUGUAUUUCCUAGCGACUGGUCCGAAAUGAUUAUGCUUCAGAAUAGUAUAAUUCUGAAAUCAUUGCGAUUUUUUUCGAAAACAAUAAGAGAUUAUUUCUUCAAGAACUUUGAGCAACAAGCUUGGUCAAACUUUUUUCACUGUGCGAUUGCAUUUCUUACGCAACCAUCCCUUCAACUGGACACAUUCAGUCCGACAAAACGCAAUCGUAUAGUUGUACGUUACAAAGACAUGCGCAGGGAAACAGCGUUUGAAAUUCGAUCGAUGUGGUUCAACCUGGGACAACACAAAAUCCUAUUUAUUCCUUCAUUGGUUGGAGCAAUAUUAGAGAUGACGUUGAUUCCCGAAACGGAAUUACGAAUAGCUACUAUUCCAAUAUUUUUCGACAUGAUGCAGUGCGAAUUUUACAGUUCCCGAAUAACCGAAGGUUACGGAGAUACUAAACGUGAUCCUGCGCAUAUAAAAGGAAAUUUCUCGCAGUACGAAGACGAGAUGAUUGCAAAAUUAGAUAUUUUGGUAGAAGGUGGUAGAGGUGACGAACAGUUUCGUGUACUUUGGGUACAAAGGAUGACCGCUCUCUGCAAAGAUCAUUCGACAAUGCGCGAAAUGGGUUUGCGAUUUGUUGAUAUUGUUGCUCGAUUGAUGGAAAGACUGUUGCAAUACAGAGAUAUCAUUCAUGCAGAAUCUCAGGAACAUCGGAUGCUUUGUACAGUCAACCUUUUAGACUUUUACUCUGAGAUCAAUCGGAAGGAAAUGUACAUCAGGUACGUGAAUAAACUUUGCGAAUUACAUUUGGACUGCGACAACUAUACAGAAGCUGCGUAUUCCCUGAAACUCUACAGUCAGUUACUCGAUUGGAGUGACCAACCUCUGCCGCCUUUGUUACGUUCUCAGAGGUAUGAUAAUCGCCAGACGCAUCGAGAAUUGAAAGAAGCUCUCUAUUACGAUAUUAUUGACUAUUUCGACAAAGGUAAAAUGUGGGAGUGUGCUCUUGACGUCUGUAAAGAAUUGGCAAAACAAUACGAGGAAGAAACAUUUGACUAUUCCCAAAUGUCAGUGUUAUUGAAGAGAAUGGCAAGCUUCUACGAUUCCAUUGUAAAACAGCUCAGACCGGAGCCGGAAUACUUCAGAGUAGCUUAUUAUGGACGCGGUCAUCCUCCAUUUUUACAAAACAAGGUGUUUGUCUACCGUGGCAAGGAGUACGAACGGCUCAGCGAUUUUUGUAGUAGAAUUUUGAAUCAACUGCCCAAUGCCGAGCAAAUGAACAAAUUAUCACCACCCGGCGACGACAUACUGGAAUCAGCUAGUCAAUACGUUCAGAUAAACAAAGUUGAACCUCUAAUGAGUGAAAAAAAGCAUCGUUUGAGUGGAAAACCAGUAACGGCUGAAGCGGUUCUUAGGCAUCAUCGAGUAAACAAUGUUCAGCGGUUUCGAUUCUCAAGACCAGCUCCGAGAAGAAAUUCUACAAUAACAUCUUCGUCAACACCGUCAGAAAAAGAUGCCAAAGAUAAGGAUAGCGGGAAUAACGCUAACGAAUUUGCCUCUUUGUGGCUCGAGAGGACAGUCCUAGUGACGAGCUAUCCUCUGCCAGGAAUAUUACGAUGGUUUCCAGUAACUUCGAGUAAAACAUACCUUGUCAGUCCAUUGCAGAAUGCUAUUGAAACAAUGGAAGCGACAAACAAGGAUCUGAGGGACCUCAUUAUUCAAUAUAGAGCCGACAGUACCUUAACUCUGAAUCCCCUAAGCAUGAAACUGAAUGGAGUACUAGAUCCAGCGGUGAUGGGAGGUGUCGACAACUACGAGAAGGCUUUUCUUAAUCCCGAAUACAGGGAUUCCCAUGCCGAUCAUAGUUCGGAACUAUUGAAACUCGAGAGUCUUAUAGCCGAGCAAAUUCCCUUACUUGGCAUAGGUCUGGAAUUACACAAGGCCAGAGCACCAACUGAACUGGGACCUUUCCACCAGAAAUUAGACCAGUGUUUUUCAGCUAUGCGCGCCCACGUUGAGGGAAAAUAUGGAAAGAGAACAUGUGAUCUCCAAAUUGAGACUAUGACUCAGUCGGUAACAAUGAGAAGACACCAAACUUUGAAAGGAGAAAAUCAUCGACUAUCCGAAGCAAGUGUUGUCAGCAACGAUGGCGGAACUCGCUCCAGAGUAUGUUCACUUACGAAAUCACAAGUUCCAACACUCAAGUCAUUCACAUCGUUCAAUUUUAACAACAGUUCACCAAACUCUGGUACCACGAACGUCAGUCUAACAAGAAAUACCUCAAUUCGUUCCAACAUCUUAUCCUCGGCAUCGCUCAAAGCAUUGGCUAAUUCAAAUUCUGGAUUAAGCAAGAAAAAAGAUACGAAACGAAGAAGUUCCCGCAAGAGUGAUUCGGCCGUCUCGCACAAGACCGAUCAACCAACCAGUCAAUGGUAUACGAUGCCUGAUCUAGCUCAGACGCCUCCAACGAGUCUGCCUUCCUCCAAUUCACAAUCAACUAUAACAACUGUUUUUGAGCUGAGGCAAGAGCUGACACCCAAACGACCGCUAAGAUCUGAGGUAGAAAAAGAACGCAGAAUGAGUAACCGCUGGUCUGGCCAGUCCCAUCAGUAUCUAAGAAACACCGGCAACGGAUUGGAUCCUAGCGGAUUAGGCAAAGGCAACAGAGACAGUGUAGGAACUACGGACAGUACAGCUUCUGAGGACGAUCCUCCACCACCGUUACCAAUAAAAACACGCGAGGCUGAUUAUUGCAAUUUACCCGACGACACGCUUAUACGCAAUAACAAAUCCGAAAUCACAAGCAAUUCCAAUCGGCAAAAUAGUCAGAGAAUUAGAUGCAAACCUCCUGCGCCUCCGGAACCAAUUGUUAAUCAAUCGACUCCGCCCACUCCGCCACCUAAACCUAAACGGCCUGCGCACAGUAUCCAAACAGUUGUGCUUUCGAUGAUGAGCACAGACAUCAGCACCACCGACGAUUCGUCAACCGCGUGACAGCGGUAUGACUAAAGAUGCUUAACGCUUUCAAAUCUUGAACCCCUCUGGCAUUCCUUAAUUUAAUUAUGAAUUUAGUUUGAAGGAAAUUAGUUAUACAUUAGUAAAAGGUACCGUUGUAGCGUAUCAAGAUGGAAAGAGUUGAGAAUAAUUUAGCGUACUCGUCAAGCGGUUACCAUUUCAUCAUCAUACCAAAGAGAUCGCGAAUAAUUUUAGAAUUAUUUAACUGUUCCAAACUGACCUGAUCUAUCGAUAAUAAAUCACGUUUUCCCUAGCUUAUAACAUAGAUGCAUAAACAUAUACAUUUACAUAUAUAUAUAAAUAUAUGCAUAAAUACUAUAAGUUACUACACAAAUAGCAUUUAAAAUAAGAAAUUUAACUACUAGUCCAUAAAUUAUGCAUAUAAAUGUUGAAUAACCAAAAUUUUAUCACCAUAUACACAUAGGUAUACAUAGAUAUAUGUUUAUAUACAUAUAUACAUGCAUAUAUAUGCAAUUUUUAAUAAUAACACGCAAAAAUAAGAUAUCACAAACAAGAAUAGUGCCAUUUUAUUUUUUUAAGCUCAAUGUAAUGUAUUUAUGUAAACUAUCAGUUAGGGACCAACCAAUUAGUAUUUUUAUCACUUUUAACACUUUUAUAUCGAAGUCAGUCAUUUCUCUGUUCAACAUUACGCGUCACAUUUUAUACGUACGUACAUACGUCACACACUGUGUUAAAACGAAGGAAAACCAUAUCAAUCUUUAUUCAUUCGCCGAGUAGAAAAUUAUCGGAUGCCGGCAAAGAAAGAGUUAUUGCAUUAAAUACUUGUUCAUAUCGCUUUAUUAUUCGCCAAACGAACAAAAAACAAAAACCGACGCGGGAUGACUUAGAUUUUAGAAUAUUCUGUGCCAACCCAAUAAAAGUUUGUUAAAACUUGUUCAAUCGACGUACUUUGAUUUGUUAUAAAGAAAAACAUUACUUCUUUAGACGCUAAUCAUGUCGGUAAGAAAAUCUUCACAAUUAGUAAGACUGUAUCGAAGUAGCGAAAUGCGAACUUAUAAAUUAAGAGAUUUCUAUUAUAUUUUUAUUAGCCUUGUUAGUUCUCGUGCAUUAUUAUUAUUAUUAUUAUUAUUAUUAUUAUUAUUAUUAAUAAUAUGAUUUUCGCGAUAAACAAUAAACUUGACGAAUCAUUGACAUUAAUAAAAUAAACGGAAUUUUUCAUUUAAUUCAAUACCUUUAGCGGAUGUCAAUCUAUCCGAUCGAGUCCUAUAUUUGAAAGUAUUUUAUCAGUACGUUAAAACGUCAUUAUAAUUCUUUGGAUUUCCAGUUUGGCAAAUUUUAUACCAAUUUGGAUCACGUUGCAGGCUCGAAGCGUUUCGACGGUAAAACGAAGCCUGAAUUAUUUGACGUUUACCCAAUUUUGUAGCUUGCACGGGUGGGAAAUCUUUAAAACGCCAACCGUAAACCCAGCUGCUACCAUAAAGAUAGUAAUAACGAUCUUCCAACAUCUUUUCAUACCUGAAAAAUUUUAAAUACCAAAUAAACAAGGUCAAAGCCAGCUAACAACGGUAUUUUUUUUACGAAUAUUCUGUACUUUCGAUAUCUGUUACCUUUCGUUGAGAUAAUUCUUUCUCGCUUCAUAACUGGGCAUUCCUUUUUCGUAUAACAAGUUCGAUACGCUGGGCUCUAUAGGUCUCAUAUAAUCUAAAUUCAAUGCACCAUCAAUGGCGGGUCGCCAGUUCGGAGGUCCAGUAAACUUUUGCUGUUUCUAAGUUGGGAAAAGAUUUCAAUUCUUUACAGUUUCUAGUCAAGAUUUUUACAAUAAUUUAUUCAUUAAACAUGAUGAAUAACGCCAGUGAAAAUUGAUAGCCAGAAAAUAUAGAACUUUGUCAUUCAUUUCACUGUUAUUAACGGUAGUUCAUUUGAUAUUCAGAAAACCGGUAUUAAAAUAGAUGUCAAAGGCAAUUCACCUCGUUACGUUCGGCCUCAAGGCGUUUCCGACGCUUCUCUUCCUGUUCAGCUAUUUGAGCCUUAGCUUUGCCGACCAACUUUUGGCUGCCUAAAUUAUCGAUUAACCGUUGUUGGUUCUUCCUGAACCAAUUAAGUCUGGAUGAAUUUUCUGUGUUUAUUGCCUCAGUGAAUAACAACUGACAUCGCGUGUCGCAUGCACUUGAAUUUUUAACCAUCUUUGUGAAUUGAAUAUUAUUAUAAAUAUUACUUUUAAAAAAUUUCACCAACAUCGACGAAACAUUACUAAGAAACAAAUCACACUCUAAUGACUCGAAUCUGAAUUCAUGUCAUCGUUUCAUUGCAUUGUCAGGUAACUCAUUGAUCGGCUAAAUUUAAUAAACGAGACACAAAGACUGAAUAAAGUUCACACAUUUGCAGAGUAAUUAUAGUAACGGAUAAAAACUGUUCGCAGCUUAAAACAGGUCAAUAAUAUUAACGAAAACAAAGUUCAGCAGUUUACCUAAUGUUUAAUUAAUGUAUUUAUGUAUUUAGUCAAGUAGAAUCAUGAACCCCUUUUGAUCUUUGAUUACAAUUUCAGUUCUGAUAUCUACUUUUUUUAAACGAGCUCUUGAUAAGAUAAAAAAAAAAAUACACAAUUUAUUACUUGAAACUGUCAAUUACGGAGUACUAAGAUGUAAAAUUUGCAGAAAAAAAAACCAUUGCAUUUACUGCAAAAGAUGCUGAACGUCAAAAAAUGUGGGAACGUUUCCUUAUUCGAUUGUGCGACUAUUUUUUGAUUUCAUGUCAUGUUAUGUUUGCGAUGCUUAGUGAAUACUUGAAAAAUUAUCUUUAUAAAGAUUAUGAAAAAAACCUUUACGAAUAUUGGUUUGCUAUUUUGUCUAAUAUAGACAAAAAUACGUAAUAAUUUAUUUUGAAUUAGAUACUUCAAAGUUGGAAAAUUAUCUAAUAUUGAAAACAAGUGUAGACUUGAGGAGUGAAGAAAUAAAAAUUAAGAAUCGUAUACAAAUUGCUUCUUCAAAACGCUGUAAUAUGCGUGCAGUAUCUUUUGGCUUUAGCAAUACACCAGCGCAUUAUGUUCAUAAUUAUUAGAAGUAUAAAAAGAAAACAUGAUGUUUUAUUUCUCCUUGAGUCAUUCUUUAAUACGUAUAAUAUUAAAUAUUUACAUUAUUAUUACACUCCGCACUUUGCUCUUUUCCACGUUUCGGUGAAUGAAUGAUGCUUGUUUAUUAUUCUGGUACAAUAUCAGUUCGUCCUCAUUCUUACAGGGUAAAGUAUCAGUGGGAGCAUGCCUAUAUUUACAUGAUAAGUAGAAUGAAAAUUCGUCACCCAUUUCAACAUACUCACGGAUGUAUGUUAUAAUGGUCUAAUUUGAAUUGCAAUGAAUAACAAGGAAUCUAUAUAGAAUGAAAAAAUAAAUUACCUAAUACAAGUUAAUAUUUAUCAUUUACCGUCAAAGAUAUUAUUACUGCUAUUACAAAAAAAAAAAAAAAAGAAAAAAAAGAAACGAAAUAUGGCUUGAUUAAGCGUGAGCUUUCACAUGAUAUUACUCCCUCUUAAAGUCAACAUCAUAUGUGUUUGACUCAGUUAUCACAGCCAUAGAAAGCAACGUUGGGGAAAUUCUUUGUAGUAAAAAAAAAAAAAAAAGGCUCUGAUUUCCGGGGUCAUAUUUCGUCCAUCACGAUAUUCACUAAAAAAAAAAAAAGAGUUGUGCAUUAUCUCUUUUUGUGAUUUUCAGUUCAAAACUUGGUAAAGCGUACGUCCUGAAUCGACUUAGUAUUAACAUGAUAGUAAAUAUUAAAAUACUGAAAUAAACCAAGCUUUCGUUUCAAUUAGAUGAAUCAUACAGUAUCCGAGCCAGUGAAACCAUGUUAAAGAUAUUAUUCUUUGCGAGUACUUUUUCAUCGUAUCGGAAUCUAAGUCUGUUUAAAACGAGCAACGUAUAACCAAGUGGGUCAGAAUCAUACCGUACCCAAUCGUAAUGUACCACAUUCUUCGUCAGUGAUGUUUGGUGUUGAAAAAAUAAUGACCAAAGUCAUCCCUAAAUAGUUGAAAUUGGAAAAUUAUACCUUAAAUUUAAUUUCCUUACGUAUCUGUGCUGAGAAUGGCAUUAAAAUUAGCUGUCUUGAUUCUUUCAGUAAAAUCUAUUUGCUUAGUUCUGAUUACUGCAUGCUCCCCAUCAUAAUUGAUUUCUUAAUCUAAACUUUUUAUUGUACAGUUUCUUUCAAGGCUGUAUUCCAAAUGCAAGGUUGCUGAGAAUUAUGUAUACCGCUACAUAAAAUAAGACGAUGUUACGGAAAAAUAUAAGCAAUAUGUAUCUGUGGUGAAUGCCAUUAUUUCAUAGAAUGUAGUUGACUAGUGUAGCUGAUGUUAGUUAUCGAAAUUAUUUUAUCGACUACCAUCGUUUGUGAUUAACAAGUCGUGAAAAUACUUGUGUUUUCUUUCUGACACUUAUCGGUACUUACAUUUCUUAAACCAAAGGAAAGUGCAGAGUAUUCGAGCUCAACGCAAUCUGUUCAACAACAAAAAUAUCUCACCUUUGUAUUUGAUGUUGUUAUGUAUGCUUGACGUUUAAAAUUCGUCUACUUUUCUUUCUAUCAAUCUUUCCAUUUUUCAUAUUUGUAACAAUUUGCUUUUUAUUCCAAACUUCUAUAAGAGUAUGGGAAAAUGAAUCAGGUAAUAAAAUUUUGAAAUACGUAAGAUUAGAGAAAUUCAAAAGAUGGUUUUUAAUGUUAAAUCGAUGCUUUUUUCAUGCACCACAAUCCGCAGUCCUUAAGAAUGAGAUCGAUUAAUCUGUUCUAAUUUACUAAAGUAACAAAAUAUACUCUGACCAAUAAAAAUGAUAUAAUGUAGAGAUUGAUGGCGCAUUAAAUUGAACCAGAAUACCCUGUACGUAAUUUAUCGCCGUGUUAACAUGGAACGUAACUGUUUGAACGAAAAAUAGGAUUACGGUUCUUACAAACUGGAAAACAGCCAUUAAUACCCGAUGCAUAUCGGUAAAUUCUACUUAUUGUUGUUGAAAUUUCUUCAUUAGCAAAAUCUGUGAUCCCUCCUGCAAAAUUUGUUUCUUUUUUAUUAUCGAUUUUCUUAUGCGCUAAUCCAAAGCUUGAUGGGAGGAUUAGUACUGUACAACAGGAAGAAUCUAAUACAGUACUGAAAUGCAGUAGGACAUAAAUUACCACAUUUCCAAAGGAAAUAAAUGUAUACUGUAAGUUAGGCCAGUGUACCUUAAGUAUACUUCGUAAUUAGGCAAUUAAGUUAUUUAUAUUUCUAACAUUCACAAAAUUUACAUCAUAAUACUGUACAACGAAUAGUGUCUAAUAUUUACAAGAAUUAAAUAAUCAAUAAUCGUAGUGCCCAAGACCUUUUGAAUUUAUUCACAUGUAUCAACGGUAUAUCAGCGGCUUUCUAUGUAAAUUGACAAUGAGUCUAGAUUUUUCAAUCGAUGUCUCAGAUUAUCCUCUAAUUUCUACAUUUCAGUUAUUUCGCUCUGUGAUAAAAACAAAUCUUUUACAUGAAGUGUUAAGAAAUCACAGAAAUACAAACUUUCCCAGCUCGUUGAGUAUAUUCAUUGGAAAUUUGUACUAUUUAUAUGCGAGACGAGUAUACGAUGAACCUUCUUUCUCUAUUAACAUUAAGUAGAAAUUCAAUUACACUAUGUCGAGAAUUCAAUUGUUUGAUCACAACUGAGCAUUUCGAAAACAAUUGGUUUCGACCGCAUAGAAAAUUUU